ACAAUUGUUAAUGUUGGUGCUGUGGUUGAUCCAGUUGUGAAGUAGGUGAAGUGAACGGUUCGGAGGGAUACUUAGGAAAGUGUCUGAACAAACAACACACAUUUAAAUAAACCAAUGGAAAACAACGGAACGGACGAAAAGGAAGUUAAAUAUUAUCGCUUGUCAGAGGUGGAGGAACGGAACUCUUUUAAAAGUACAUGGAUUAUCAUUCAUAAUAAAGUGUACGACGUCACAAAGUUUCUCGAGGAGCACCCCGGAGGAGAAGAGGUGCUGCGAGAGCAAGCAGGUGGAGACGCCACCGAGAGUUUCGAAGAUGUCGGCCACUCGUCAGAUGCACGCGAGAUGGCCAGUUCGAUGCUCAUAGGAGAACUGCAUCCAGAUGACAGGGACAAGAUUCCCAAACCACCAGAAUCGCUUGUAACAACCGUACAAGAAACAACAAGCUGGUGGUCAAACUGGUUAAUUCCCGCUGUUGCCGCGGUGAUUGUCACGUUCAUGUACCGUAUUUACACCACAGAGGAGGCAUGAUGGGAUGCUUUCUCAGAGCGGCGCCCGGCUGAAACUACAGUACCCAUAAUCCAUUUCAGGUUUAACCAUUACCAUAGAGAUCCUACAAAUGAAGGCAACUUUUGUGUUAGUUUUAAUGUUUGUUGUCAAGUUUAUCCCUUGAGAUUUAAUUCCUGAUAUGCAGAUGUUUUUUAUGAUAAAUUAAAAUACUUAGCAUUAUAAAUAUGGACGCUAAAGAUGAAGUUUUUGUUGUCUAAUUGUUUUUCUGUUGUGUAAAACUGUGUAUACCAUUAUUCAAUUGAAAUAUACUGAAUAUUAUCACAUACAUUAACACAACAGUCCUCAAAGAAAUAAUUUAAUUUCACUUGAAAUGCAUAAUUUUCAUGUGCAAGUUGAUCUUUCUUGGACCAGGGAGAGAUGAUACAAGUUGUUUAGGUCUAAAAAUAAAAUUGUAUGUAUAAAAUGGAAGAGGAUAUUGUUUAUUAAAAUCGUUAACCUGCCAACAUGAAUUAUUAUUAGCAGCUGAUAAUCAUAAUAAGCUCCAAAAUCAAAAGUUAAAAAAAAGAUAGUAGAUUUUGCAUAAAUAAAAUGAAGAUUAUUUUUAGGACCAUUAAGAAUUUUUUGAAUUGUGACUUUAUUUUUAUGACAAUAAAGUAUGUUCUUCUCAUCUGCAAUUUUCAUUUUGCAUUACAAUAAUGUUCAAUUGUCUUGAAAAUAAUGUUGCAAUGCGAAAACGGUCUUUGUUUUAUGCAAAACAUAAUCUAAUACCUCUCUUUUGAUUUUAUGGAGAAAUAUGAAGCUAGACUGUUCAGAAUGUGAUUGUACACAACCUAACCAACAUCUAUCAUUAUGUGCUUAAAUAAGGCAAGUUCUUUUAGUCGGUCAGCUAGAAGUCACCACAUCUUUAGUGAAGAGCAACACUGUUAUAGUUGUGUACACGUCGAUGUGCCGUUUAAAUGCAUGUCAGUGUACCGCCUUGAACGCUGCUUAUACAUUCCCUUUUUAUUUUAAAACAAACUGAAUGUAAAAUACUUGUAUAUGAUACGAGAUUCAAGCAACUUUCCCAUAGAAAUGUUGAGAUGUUUGCAGUGUCUUCAUUGCUACUGCUACACUAAUGCUAAUGUGAGAGAAUCACACGCGCACGCACACACACACACUGUAACCUGUGACUCAAUGCACCAGUCAAAUCAUUCAGCUUUACUGUGUCCCAAUAAACAAAGGAACUAGUUGUGUGACUUGCUGUUCUUAAGUUGUUCUUAUACAUUCCCAAAAGGGUUUUUUUUUCACAGUGAUGCAACAGAAAAACCAUUCAGUCUACAGUUCUUUUAUUUUUAUUUUUUUUUUACAUUUUAAUGAACUAAAUAACCUUUUGUUCUUCCAUGGAUGUUAGUGUUUUUAAUGGAACCAUAGAUGCCAAUAAACAACCUGAAUUAUUAAGA